AUGGAAAAACUUAAAAGAAAAAUUGCGAUAUCAAAUAUUCUUCUUGGAUUCCUUAUCUCUUUAUCAGGUCUUGGUUUUCUUGAAGUAGUAGAAUCCCUCGGCAUUAAUUAUGGUCAAGUAGGCAACAAUUUACCACCUCCUUGUGAAGUGAUUAAUCUCUUGAAAUUGUUCAAGAUAACUAAAGCCCGAAUUUACGACACAAAUCCUCAAGUUUUGACAGCAUUUGCCAAAUCCAACAUUGAACUUAUUGUCACAGUUGAUAACCAGUUGCUUUCCACAUUGAUGGAUCCACAGCAAGCUCUUCAAUGGGUAGGCACCCAUAUUAGACCCUAUUUUCCAGCCACAAGAAUUACAGGAAUUGCCGUUGGGAAUGAGAUUUUCACAGGUGACGACACGACCCUAAUGACCUAUCUUGUUCCAGCCAUGGUGAGCAUUCAUGCAGCCCUAGUAAAACUAGGGUUAGAUCAAUUUAUUCAAGUUUCGACUCCCAAUUCUUUAGCAGUGCUUGAAGAAUCAUAUCCACCUUCGGCAGGAAGUUUUCGAAGCGAGAUCAAUGAAAUAAUGCCCCAGUUUCUACAGUUUUUGGCAACUACUAAGGCACCAUUUUGGAUCAAUGCAUACCCUUAUUUUGCUUACAAAGAUGAUCCAACUAGGGUUUCUUUAGAUUAUGUACUUUUCAACCCUAAUUCAGGAAUGACAGACCGUAACACAAAUCUACAUUAUGACAACAUGUUGUACGCACAAGUAGAUGCAGUAAUAUUUUCCAUGGCUAAAAUGGGGUACGAUGGGAUAGAAGUGAUGGUAUCAGAAACGGGUUGGCCAUCAAAAGGUGAUCCGAAUGAAACCGGUGCAACUGCUGAGAAUGCAGCAAUAUAUAAUCGGAAUCUGUUGAGAAGGCAAAUGAAAGAUGAAGGGACACCACUCAGACCAAACAAGAGACUAGAAAUUUAUGUAUUUGCUUUGUUUAAUGAAGAUAUGAAACCCGGCCCGACUUCAGAGAGGAAUUAUGGUCUACUCCAGCCGGACGGAACUAUGGCAUACAAUGUCGGCCUCUCUCCAUUAUCUUCUUCUUCGAGUUCUUCGGCUUCUAUUUCGCUGACUUCGGAUGCCACCCAGGUUAAACAAAGAGAAUACAAAACUUUGCUGUGUUCAAUAUUUCUAUUUCUGCCGUUCUUCCAAGUUUUUAUGAGCAGGCAGAGAUUAGGCAUAUUUUGGCAGUAG